GCAGCGCAGCAGCAAGGUAAUGUUUUGUGAUAUUAUGUGGUGUUUGGCACCGCGCGAAGGCACACGUGCACGUCGGCGGACUCGAGACUUCGUCAUCCACAUCCGAAAUACUUGACAACUCCACAUCAUGUCUACAGCUCUCAUCCUAGGCGCAACAGGCGCAACAGGCAGACAUCUCCUUCGCGAGCUUCUCGCAAACGACCAAUGGUCCAAAGUCGGCGAAUAUGGGAGACGGGUAACUCCCGAAGCCGACCUUCCCCAGAAUAGGGGCAAACUGGAGCAGAAAACAAUCAACUUCGAGAACUUGGAAGCGGCAGGGCUCAAGGACGGGCGAUGGGAUGUCGUGUUCGUCACCCUCGGGACGACUCGUGCGAAUGCAGGGAGCGCAGAAAUGUUCGAGAAGAUUGACAGAGAGUAUGUGGUGAACGCUUGUAAGGCUGCAAAGACAGAUGAUCCGGAACAUCAGCAACGUGUUGUGUAUCUGUCGUCUGGUGGUGCUAACCCAUCCUCUUACUUCCUAUAUCCGAGAUCCAAAGGGCUCACAGAACUGGGCAUAGCACGCCUUGGGUAUGCGGACACCAUCGUUUUCCGCCCAGGUUUCCUCAAAGGAGCUGAACGUGCUAAUAAAAGGUUUGCAGAGACCAUAGCCGGCUACGUGACGGGCGCUGCGUCGCACUUUACGUCCAGCGUGGAGAUUCACGUUCCCGUUCUCGCCAGUGCCAUUAUGAAAGCAGGCAUUCUGGGUUCAUCUGGCCUACGGCCCGCUGUGGGUGCUACUAAGGCAGGACAGGAAGAUGCGGAGUUUACUUUGAUAGAUAACAAAGGAGCGCUCGUUCUUGGGCAGGAGUGAUUCAUCGUUGUGGCAGCCUUUUGGUUUCAGUGUUAGGAAUGUUCUGUUGGACUGGACGAUUAUCUAGGUACGUAUAUGUGCCGCGUAAACAGUAACAGACAACAAGAAAAUUAUAAGCCAGUAGUGUCUUAUACAGCAAGUAUAAUUAUGCAUGCGAAUCCCUGUGGGUCAGUGAUAUUCGUAGAUGAGUGAAGGAACAUAUGUGCGUAAAAAUAGAUUGUGAUUGAUAUCUAUUUG